AUGCCCAACCAGCCUCUGCCCACAAUUCCAAUCUCGUCGCCGGACGAGUAUAGUGGCCCGCCCGAGGACCAAGCCCCUGGCAACAGCCGAACUGUUCAGGCUGCCAAUUUGGAAGAAGAGGAGGCGCAAAUCAACGGCGUCGAACACGUUUCUGGACCGGAUGAUGACUUUGAAUUCCGACGAGAUGCUGCAGCUCCACCCGAAAUUUGUGGUUUACAUGCAACUGAACAAUCGGCUGCUACAGCAACCAUCAUGCUUUGUGUGGAGAAAAUGGGUUUGACGCCUGCGUAUGAUCCUGAAGAACAAGAACAACUUUUAGCCCCUACAGAUCCAGGUGUAUUUGAGAAACCUGUCUCACCUUCCGUCUCACCGGUGGAUCCUUCCACAGUGACGAACAGGACAGGUGAGUCCAGCGAAGUCGGUGAAGUUGACAAUAAUCUUCCCGCAAACAUCGGCACUGACGAAAGCCCAGUUGUCAACUUUAGUGUUGCCAAUAGUGCCGGCAACAAUGACCAUCACUCCGAGACCGCUGAGAAGAAGAUGAUUCCCUUCGAUGAGUCUGGAUCUAGAGAUCCAACUGAUCAAGAAGGCGCUCCAAGUAGUGAUGUAAUCGGCAGUGUUGAUGAUAACUUGACCACCGGUCUCAAUCCUGCAACCGACAGUAGCUCCACAGACUCUCUUUCACCCAUCACAGGCACUCUCGACUCAUUAACCGAAUUGAGCAAGUAA